AAUGAACAUGCGACGAAGUCAGUGGCUCAGUUGCUGAUCGUCGUUCAUAGCUUAAAGUACUAGCUCCCGAGAGCUCCGUGUUGAAAACCUGGAAGUUAGCCACUUGAAAUUGACAGCAAUUGCCGGGAAAACUGCCACAUCAACAUCAUCAGAAUGAAGCUGAGCUCGGGAUUCUUUCUGAUCUUUGCCGCUUUGAUCGGCUUCACGUCGUCCACGGAUGUCAGUCCUUGCCCGAAAUCUAAAUCCAAGGCCCUAGGAGCCGGGGAAGUGUCCAUUUCCAACUGCCCCAAGAGCAAGUGCAUCCUGAAGCGCAACACGGAGGCCAGCAUACAGAUGAAGAUCCGGCCGGAGCGCGACUUCCAGGAGCUGACCUCUGACAUCCAGGGCAUUAUCCUGGACGUGCCGCUGCCGUUCCCAGGAUACUACGGCACCAGUGCCUGUCCGCACAUCUACGACGAGGCCGGCGAGAAGAAGGUGGGCUGUCCACUGAAGGCCGGCCAGGUGUACACCUACAAGAACAGCUUCAAGAUCCUGCCCGUCUACCCAACCGUCAGCCUGGAGAUCCACUGGGGACUGGGCGAUAAGCAGGGGGAUGCGGCCUGCUUCCAGAUACCCGCCAAAAUCAAGGCUUGAAAUGGAAACACAGACACAGAGUGCACUCAAUGUUAGCUUUUAUUAGUGGUAAUUCUUAAGAUCGUAUCUGCAUAUGCUUAGUUAGUUAGGGAUUAAGUACGGUUAAGUGAACGAAAACGAAGCAGGCCAUUAUUGCGGCAUCCAGCCAGUGACGCAAUAUGGCCAAAAAGGAUUCCACUGAUCGGCUCAGUAAGUUUAAUAAUAAAAAACCACAACGAAUUCUA